GAAAUGUUUGUUUAAGUACAAAUGUCAUCUGAAACUGAAACUUAGUAUUUCCCAGGACACAUCACGCCUUGUCCGUGCCUUAAAGUCUCCCCGCUCUGGGGCUUUGGAGAACUGCAAGUCCCAGAGAUCUCGGCACCAGUGAACCCAGACCACGGGCUUGGAUAACAUGGCAGCGCCGUCCAGCAACACAUGCGGGGCUAUGGAGCGCUCUAUCCGGGAGCGGGUCCCCCCGCUGCUCACGGACCUGUACCAGUUCACCAUGGCGUAUGCGUACUGGCGGACCGGCCGGCACCAGGAGCCCGCCGUGUUCGAGCUCUUCUUCAGGGACAACCCGUUCGGCGGCGGCUUCUCCCUGUUCGCCGGGCUGCAUGACUGCCUGCUGUUCCUGCGCAGCUUUCGCCUCACAGACCAAGAUGUUGAGUUCCUGCGCUCCGUCCUGCCCCCGGACACUGACCCCGCCUUCUUCCAGUUUCUGCGAGGCCUGGACUGCUCCGGCGUCACGCUCCGCUCCGUCCCAGAGGGCACUGUGGUGUUUGCCAGGGUGCCUCUGAUGGAGGUGUCAGGUCCGCUGGCUGUGGUUCAGUUGCUGGAGACCAGUUUACUGUGUCUGGUCAACUACGCCAGUCUGGUGUGCAGUAACGCUGCCCGUUUCCGCCUGGCGGCCGGCCCCAAGAGGAAGCUGCUGGAGAUGGGCCUCAGGAGGGCUCAGGGACCAGAUGGAGGGCUUACCGCCUCACGAUACACAUACAUUGGAGGGUUUGAUUUCAGCAGUAACGUUCAGGCUGGUUUCCUGUUUGGGAUCCCCGUUGCAGGGACCAUGGCGCACUCAUACAUCACUUCCUUUACCUCCCUGGAGGAGGUGUGGCCACAAACUCUUGUGGCGGUGAACGGGGAGAAGGAUCCAGUUGACAUCAUCUCGUUGACGAAGGGCUGGCUGAGUCGUGUGUGUGAGCUUCUGGGAGCCGAGCCUGGGAAGAUCAGCGAGGGCGAGUUGGCUUCCUUUUUGUCGUACGCCAUCGCCUACCCUCAGAACUUCCUCCCAGUGAUCGACAGCUACAGUGUUGCCUGUGGUCUGCUGAACUUCUGCGCUGUGGCCUUGGCGCUGUGUGAACUGGGCUACAGGCCUGUCGGAGUGCGUCUGGACAGUGGGGACCUCUGCCGGCAGUCAGUUGACGUCCAUCGUGUCUUCAGACUCUGCAGCGAGCAUUUCUCCAUCUCGGCCUUCGACUCGCUGAUCAUCGUCGGGACCAAUAACAUCACAGAGCAAAGCAUGGCGGAGCUCAACAAGAAGGAGAAUGCGAUCGACGUGGUUGGCGUUGGAACACACCUGGUCACCUGCACACAACAACCCUCACUGGGCUGUGUGUACAAGCUGGUGGAGGUGAGGGGGAAGCCCAAGAUGAAGAUCAGUGAGGACCCAGAGAAGAGCACUGUCCCCGGGAGGAAAGCUGUCUACAGGCUAGUUGACGCUGAGGGCCAUCCUUUUCUGGACCUGGUGUGUCUCGCUGCGGAGUCUCCUCCAGAGGUGGGAGGUUCUCUAAACUGUUACCCUCUGAGGUGUGAUGACUCCUGUAUCUCAGUCAUUCCAGCUCACGUCGCCUGUCUGCGCCAGGACGUGUUUACAAGAGGACAGGUCACACACCCUCUGUGCAGCGCUGCCGAAACUAGAGCAAAGGUCCAGAGCUCCCUCCAGACUCUGCACCCCCGACACAAGAGGCUGCAGGAGCCAGACUCUUACACAGUGGCGCUGUCAGAGAAACUCCAUAACCUUGUCACAGAGAUUCGAAAAGGAAGCUCCAACAGCAGGAACUUUCUCUUGGCCAACUAAAGAUAAUCCGAGACAACCGCUCCGAAAGUCGUCUCCUGUUUUGUUCUUUUUUUGUCUUUUUAUUGACACUCUUUUCCAAAGUGCCUCACGGUAAAAGAAGUGCUUACUAUUCUAACAGUGUACACACCAUACUCUCCAAAUACAGGAAUACACAUAUAUGUUGUGGCCGGUGUCAUUCUAUAAAACAGGGUUCAAAGGAACAGAGCUUGACAAGGAGUUUUGUACGUAAAGAUGGAAGCAAAUGAAAAUGCAGCGUUCGUCUCUCUUAGUGGAUGUAUUUUCUGCUGGAAACUGUGGUUUUGACGGUUUCAACAAGAAGCUUUCAAACAAUUGAAAUUGAUGGAUAAUGUAACUGCGGAGCACAGUCAGUCACACUUAUGUUUAUACUUAUAAGAUAUUUAAUAGCCCUUUGUUUCCUCUCUUAUUGUCUGUGAUCCAAAUGUAAAGAAAAGAGAGGCCUCACUGCUAAAAAU